GUUUGUUUUAAUGCAAGGUAUAUACUACUUUGACGGCAAUUCAUGCUGUUUUCUGUAUCACCCUUUUACAACAUUUUUAGUGCAAUAUUUCUUUGAUGCACUAAGUGCCGCUGUUGAUCAGUUUGUUCGGGCUUUAAACAUUCGUUUUUAGAUCCUCCUCCAUUUACUGACAUCAUAUUCUGCAGAAUCUCUCUUUCAUUCAGACGAUCUCUUACACCAAUGUAUCGAGACAUUCGCUGCCGUGUGUUCUCGGAUGAUCUUUGAUUAUUUCAGUCUCUCUUAAUAUUUAGUUUUUGGUCUUUUCUCCUGAAGUGGACUAGAAGACUUGGAUUAUGUGGUUUCUUUGUUGUUUUUACGCCCAAAGAGGCGCUUGUUCUCCGCGCACUUCAUCGUGGCUAAUGCGGUCUCUCGUGCUGUGCGUCUUUGUCAUGACCGUUGCGCGCGGGCAGGUCCGUUAUUCUAUUCCAGAGGAGAUGACAAAGGGCUCGCUGGUGGGAAAUAUCGUUCAGGAUCUCGGGUUGGAUGUAAAGAGGCUGAAAUCUGGUCGAGCGCGGAUCUUUACGGAGGACAGUCGUGAGUACAUCGGUCUGAAUGUGGAUAAAGGGACUCUGAUAGUGAAAGAGAGGAUAGAUAGAGAGGAGCUGUGCGCCCAAGUGUCUCCCUGCUCCUUACAUUUUCAGAUCAUUCUAGAAAACCCCAUGGAGCUGCAUAGAAUUGAUGUAGAAAUAUUGGAUAUCAAUGAUCAUGCUCCAGUUUUUGUUAGAAAAGAAAUAAGCUUUCAAAUUAGUGAGCUCGCUGUUCCUGGAGCCAAAUUUUCUUUAGAUAAGGCGCAAGAUUCUGAUGUGGGUUUAAAUACCCUUCAGAAAUACACACUCAUUCCGUCUGAUCAUUUUUCUCUCAAAGAACAGACGGGAAAUGACGGUUUGAAAUAUGUUGAAAUGGUUCUACAAAAUACACUGGAUAGAGAAACUCAGGAGGAACAUAAAUUAAUACUGACUGCGUUUGAUGGAGGCAGUCCUCAGAAAUCUGGCACUAUUAAAAUAAUUGUUAUUGUAAUCGACGCAAAUGACAAUGCUCCUGUGUUUAGUCUCCCCGUCUAUAGAGUUUCUUUAUUGGAAAAUUCAGCAAAGGGCAGCGAUGUCGUGAGCGUGACUGCUACUGAUAAAGACAAAGGGACGAAUGCUGAUCUGACAUAUUCCUUCUCACAAACAUCAGGAAAGGCUUUAGAACUGUUCAAUAUAGAUCCACAAAGUGGUGACAUUACUGUUAACGGUGACCUGGAUUUUGAGAAGUCAAAACAUUUUCAGUUAAACGUUGAAGCAACUGAUAAAGGUGGCUUAACAGAUUCCAGUAAAGUUAUUAUCGAAUUAAUUGACGUUAAUGACAAUGCACCCAUUAUAAAUGUCAUUUCUUUUUCAAACCCAAUGCCAGAAAAUUCAGCGCCAGAGACUGUGAUAGCGAUGCUGAAUGUUAAAGAUUUAGAUUCAGGCAAAAACGGACAAGUUAAAUGCUUAAUUAAUACAGAUUUGCCGUUUCAAAUCCAGACAUCGGCCUCAAAUUUCUAUAGUGUGACAACCGAUCAAUUAUUAGACCGUGAAAAAAUAUCUGAAUAUAACAUCACAGUAACAGCUAUUGAUGAAGGCUCACCUUCUUUCUCUAUUAAUAAAACACUGACUCUGAAAAUCUCUGAUGUCAAUGACAACGCCCCUGUGUUUCAGAGUCAGUCAUACACCGCGUAUGUGAUGGAAAAUAAUUCCCCAGUCUCCGUUUUAUCUGUUAAAGCGCACGACAAAGACUCUGGCAAUAACGCGCGUAUUUCCUAUUUUCUGGAAGAUAAUCUCGUGAAUGGAGUCUCUGCCUCGACCUUUAUUUCAGUGAAUGCAGAGAGCGGAGAGAUUCUCGCUGUUCGAUCGUUUGAUUAUGAACAAACAAAAGAAUUUAAGAUCCGCGUAAAAGCGCAGGACGGAGGCUCUCCUCCUCUCAGCAGCAACGUGAGCGUGAAAAUAAUCAUUCAGGACCAGAACGACAACGCGCCUCAGGUUCUGUAUCCGGUCCAGUCAGGCGCUUCUGUGGUGGCUGAAAUAGUGCCUCGUUCCGCAGAUGUGGGUUAUCUGGUGACUAAAGUGGUGGCUGUUGAUGUGGACUCUGGACAGAACGCCUGGCUCUCGUAUAAACUGCAGAAACACACAGACAGGGCGCUGUUUGAAGUGGGCUUACAGAAUGGAGAAAUAAGAACUGUUCGUCAAGUGACAGAUAAAGAUGCUGUGAAACAAAGACUCACUGUUGUAGUGGAGGACAACGGGCAGCCCUCUCGAUCAGCUACAGUCAAUGUUAACGUGGCGGUGGCGGACAGCUUCCCUGAAGUGCUCUCCGAGUUCACUGACUUUACGCACGACAAGGACUACAACGACAACCUGACUUUCUACCUGGUCUUGGCUUUGGCCGUGGUUUCGUUUCUCUUUAUCGUGUCCAUCAUCGCCAUACUGUCGGUCAAAUGCUACAGAUGGAGACGCGAGCGGAUGUUACAAAUCUGGAGCCAAUCUUCCGGUUAUUCCGUAUUAUCCUCCUCUUUACGCAGACGUAGGGGGCACGGGAACUUUACAGCACGUGUACAAUUAUGAGGUUUGCAGAACCACUGACUCCAGAAAGAGUGAUCUGAAAUACGGCAGACCUUGCAGUGAGAGCAUCAUUAGUCUGGACAGCAGCGGGACACAGACACUCACGCAUGCUCAAAGAGGAAACAUUAAUGAGAAUUCUUUUGAUCAG